AUGGCCUCUUACGAAGUUGUGUCACAGUUCACUGAAGACGCAUUCGCCAACGAAGACCGCAUCUGUGAACACUCUACAUGUGCUGCAAAAAUUCAUAAGGGAGAUCCAUGUUUCUACAUUGCUACAAUAGUCACUGGCCAACGCGGGCGCUUUGUGUGCGCAGCUUGUCACCGACACUAUCAAGGCAAAGCAGCAACAUCCAUAAGGCCCACUGUUCAGUGUCCUGAUGCUCAAGUUAUCCGGCAAAACAUCAAUGCCGCAUGGAAACCAGCGUCGGUUGGGGCCAUUCAGCAGCCACCGCGUGUAGUUGCCACUAGUGCCUCUUAUGGUCGUGCUGGGCCAGAUAUAGCCGUUCCUUCCAGCUGGGGCAGUACCAACACUGGCCAGCCUGGCUACUCAGCAAACCAUGCACAGUAUGGCGCUGAACGAGAACGCUGGGCCAAGCAAGCAUAUGCUGUUCCCCCAGCAGAGACUAUUAGCUUAGAAGUCUCGGCUGUACGAGAAGGUGGAAAUAGGAGGAAGGGCGCCCAUGGCAUACCAUUUGGAAACAUAUGCGAGGGCAAGAAAGACGUUGACGCACGCAUUGAUGCACCAGGACUCAUUGCACUCGCUCUGGACACCAUCUGGCCAAAGAUACAAGCUUUUGCAGGAGGCUUUCCAUGGCGCCAAGACCAAUUCGUCAUUCGGGAUGGUGGAUGGGUUGAUUUAUCAACCCAUCCACCUCGUCAACCUUAUUUUUACUCUCAGUGUAUGCAUGCAACUCGCAAAGGCUCACGCGCUAUGACAUUCAAGCCAAAACAAUUCUUAUUGUACGUUGUUGUACCCAUGUCUCAGUGGGAGAACUACGAGACAUGGCUUGAUAAAGCUGAAGAGGAACGAUUUAGCACGCAUUCACGGCCCGAGUUACUCUCCACACCUUCUGUGAAAGAGAAUGUCCAUUUGAGCGCAGCAGCUGAUUCAUUGACCGUCUCAUCAUCUGAAGCACCAUCAUCUGAAGCGCCGUCUGAAGUGUCAUCCCAAGUGCCAGUCAAGCGGCGGUUUCUCCGUGAGAUCACUAGUAUCCCAUCCUCACCUCCCCUCAAGAAAGCAGCGCCUGCUAAGGUUGCUUUCCAUUCUCCAGAUCGAGAACACCUAAGGGAAGUUUUGAAGUCUGGUGGGACUGCAAACAUAAACGUCGAACAAAUGCUCACUAUCCAGCACGAGACCAUUGAAUUCUUCCCUGUCCCAACACGCCCACUAUCAGUCAUUUUAGAGGACCCGGAGCUUCACGCUGCCUUCCGCAUGGAUACCGAAUUGGGCCAUAGCGGCCAGCUUACAAUUCAGACUUCCACAGAUGAUAUGCUCGGCGCCGGAGGCUUCAAAACAGCCCAUCCAGGUUUCUUGACACUGUUCUCAGCCCCCGAAACUCUCCUAGGUUCACGUCCACGCCAAAAGGUUGCAGUCAAGCGACCCUUUUACAAGAAUUACCCUCCGGGCAGCAGCAAAAACCCGAUGAGAUUCUCGAUUGGACGUUAUACGAUAAGCGAUGAGCUUCCAAAGCUAUUCAAAGAGGCAAAUGUGCUUUACUGGGCACGUGCAUUGCUAACAUUUUCAUAUGAGUACAUUGACCAUUGUAUUUCGAACUCGUCUGAACCUCCACCCUUCCACAUCCCUCGCAUGCGCUUUGUUGAGGCUGGUCUCGCAUUAUCACAUGAUCAAGUACAACCUGGCCAUAAAUCGAAGUCGCCGACUCGGAUGCCUCGGGCUGGGUACCUUGUUGAAGAGUUGAUCCCUGACGACUUCCUCAAAUAUAUCCAUAAUAUGGAUUGCAACCCAAUGCUUGACCCAUAUGAGGUUGGCUACGAAAUUGCUGCAUUUUUAGCUUGCACACAACAUAUACAAUACGCCAAAACUGGCGGUCUCGCUUUCAUCUCCGAUUAUCAAGGUGGAUCCGAGAUUUUGUCCGACCCUCAAGUUCUUACUCAUCCGGACUGUAGCUUAGUCAGCAAUGGCAAGGAUGUCUUUGGGGAUGGCAAUAUUGAACGUGCAGUCAGUGCAUUCGAGCAGAAGCACAAUUGCAAUAAUUAUUGUAAAUGGAGCGGCUUUAAGCUAGAACUUUAUAAAGCAGCAGAGAUAGGGACGGAGAUGGAGAUAGGAACAGCUGGAAUGGAAUUGGGGACAGCUGAUAUGGAGAUGGGAACAGAGGCGGAUAUGGACUCUGCAUAGUAGAUUGGUUGAAUUUCUUGUUCUGUCGUCAUAGUCUAAACAUGGAUUGUUUCUCCGCGAUCAAUUUUAACACCAAGAUGUGACAGCACAUGUAUUGUACAA